CUACACACAGCACGACUCUUUCUCCCUACCUCGACUAUUCGCCCAAAUCUUUACCCCUGCGCCUCUACUCCAUCGUUGCAACCUAAAUUUCCUCCUCGAUCAUUAUUGUCACUUCAUUUAUGUGUUCAUCAAAUCCACUCCACCGUCAAGUCCCAAAAACAAGUUAUCUUGUAAACCAAAUUCUUGCAGCAAUAAUCCAAAACAAGCCAUUUAACAAAAUCACAUCUCCAACAAUUUCACCCAACCCCAUUUGGACCUCAGAAUCAGUCACUCAAGUCCUUAGAUCCAUCCCUUUAUACCUCUUCCAGUCCUCAAGAUCCAUUGGCCGUCAAAAAUCAUUCCGCCACCGGACCGCUCUCAGACAAAGAAAUCUGAAACAGGAAUUUGUUAAAUACAGAAAAGGGGUUCUUAUUCUUGGUCCAGCUGCGCAUAGAGAUUUAGGGAAGGUAAAUCUUGGUUUAGAGAAGGCAUUGGAGUUUUACUAUUGGGUUGAGACCCAUUUUGGGUUUGAACAUAAUGAGUCUACUUGUAAAGAGAUGGCUCUUGUAUUGGUUAAAGGGAAUAGGAUGAAUCUGUUAUGGGAUUUCUUGAAGAAUAUGUCGAGAAGGAAGGUUAAUCUUGUGACAACUGCGUCUAUGACUUGCUUGAUAAAGGCUUUAGGGGAGGAGGGUUUGGUGAAUGAGGCAUUGGCUGCAUUUUAUAGAAUGAAACAAUUUCAUUGUAAGCCUGAUGUUUGUGCUUAUAAUACAGUGAUUUAUGCGCUUUGUAGAGUUGGGUUUUUCAAGAAAGCUAAGUUCUUGCUUGAGCAAAUGGAGUUGCCAGGGUUUAGAUGCCCAGCGGAUGCAUUUACUUAUACGAUUUUGAUUAGUUCUUAUUGUAGGUACAGUAUGGAGACUGGUUGUAGGAAGGCCAUUAGGAGGCGGAUGUGGGAGGCAAAUCACUUGUUUCGCUUAAUGCUGUUCAAAGGUUUUGUUCCUGAUGUUGUAACUUACAAUUGCUUAAUCAAUGGGUGUUGUAAGACCUCUAGGAUUGGAAGGGCUUUGGAGUUGUUCGAGGAUAUGCCAAAGAGGGGAUGCAUACCAAAUAGAAUUACGUAUAAUUCUUUCAUUAGGUACUAUAGUGCAGUAAAUGAGAUUGAUAAGGCCAUUGAGAUGUUGAAGAGGAUGCAAGAAAUGAAACAUGGGGUGCCAACUACAAGUUCUUAUACCCCGAUAAUCCAUGCCUUGUGUGAAGUGGGGAGAGUAAUGGAGGCAUGGGAAUUUCUCAUGGAGUUGAUUGACGGAGGAUCAGUUCCAAGAGAGUAUACUUAUAGAUUUGUUCGUGAAGCUUUGAACUCGGAAGGAAGGAAGGAUAUGAUAGAUGAUAAAAUAUGUAGACGAAUUGAAGAGGGAAUUGAUAGUAGAAUUAGGCAAGUAAUGAAGGUAAAGCCAAUUAUGAGUCAAGCAACAUCAGACUAGAAGUGUAGUAGUUCUAUGAAUUGAAGUUUAUGUCAUUCACCAUUGUGAGUUCUUGGAAUAGAAGAUCCUUCCAUUGUAGCAUUCUGCUUUGCGGGUAGAUUAUUGCGUUCUUGUGGAUGUCACCGUUAUCUCUUUGAUGACAGUUUAUAUACUUCCAGUGCUCUAUCUUAUGAUCUGCAAAACAACGUCGUUACAUUUAUAGAGCCAACAAAGCUUGACCGAGAUGCUGAGAGUGGACAGGAAACACUUUGACGAACAAUAUGACCUAUUCCCCUUUUUGGGGGAAUAUGCAUUCAAAUCGAAUGAUCAAGUUUGAGUUGCCACACUCCAUGCAGACGAGAUAUUGCCAAUAUCCCACUGGUUCAAUAGAAUUUCUCAAGGCAAUCAUCACCAGAAGGGAACCGCUCAAAUAUUGGAAUAUUAUAAGCAACCUUUUGUCCAGAGUAUAUGCAAAGUUUCGUGAUAUACAAGUCCAAUGAAAUCUUUUGUACCAUUUAUAUCUAAUCAAUUCAAUACUUGAUGAUAUUUUUGUAUGAAAUUAACUGUGUACCUCUAGUCAUAUGAUUUAAUUGAAAAUCUGCAAUGGAAGAUA